UGCCAAUAAUUCUGUCUUUCGUUAACGUCAUCGUCGGUUGAGCAAUUCGAUGAACGUUGGCUGACCUUCCAACUGGCACACCAAAAAUCCUCUGUUUCUCUGCUCCGGCUGGAAAACCGGUCUCGGAGGCUGCGAGUUUUCGCGGUUAAAUGCACGGGACCAUAAAACCCAACAAACUCUAGGCCUUUCUUUCGGUUCUACCGAAUACGCACCAAAAUCAUCGGAACCCAUUUGUUAAUUCGUUGAAUUUUGAAUGGCUAACACUGGUUCGACCGUUACUGAUGACGUAGCGGGGAAGGCCGUGAACAAGCGAUACGAAUGUCUGGUCGGCGUCCGGACGAAGGCCGUUCAACGGAAAGGAGCUUGGUACUGGGCGCAUCUAGAACCCGUUUUGAUUCGAAACCCGGAGACAAACCUUCCCAAGUCCGUGAAGCUCAGGUGCGCUCUGUGCAACACUUCUUUCUCGGCUUCGAACCCGUCGCGAACCGCUUCGGAGCAUCUCAAGAGCGGGACUUGUCCCAAUUUCAGCUCCGCCUUGAGGCCCAUUUCGGCGGUUCCUCCCUUGCAGCUACCACCCUUUCCUUCUCCUUCUUCUCAUAAGCAUCGGAAACUAAGCUCGCAACAUACACAGCAUUUGGUGUUAUCGGGUGGGAAGGAGGAUUUGGGUGCUUUGGCAAUGUUGGAAGAUAGUGUGAAGAAGCUCAAGAGUCCAAAAGCUUCUCCUGGUCCAGCAUUGAGCAAGGGCCAAGUUGAUUCCGCGUUUGAGUUAUUAGCCGAUUGGUUCUUUGAGUCAUGUGGGUCGGUUUCAUUUUCAAGCCUCAGCCACCCCAAGUUCCGAGCUUUUCUUAACCAAUUAGGCUUGCCCGCCUUGUCGUGGCACGAGUUUUUGGGUGCAAGGCUCGAUUCAAGAUUCGAAGAAGCUAAAAUGGAAUCAGAAGCAAGAAUUAGGGAAGCGAUGUUCUUCCAAGUUGCUUUUGAUGGAUGGAAAAGCAGGAAUUGUGGCCAUGAUGAAGAUAAUUGUGUCAAGUUCAUGGUAAAUCUUCCAAAUAGGAUGACUGUCUUCCAAAAGGCUGUUUGUACUGGUAAUGCCGUAGCAUCAAAUUAUGCGGAGGAGAUAAUGUGGGAAUCAGUAACUGGUGUAUGUGGGAGCUUUGUGCAUAGAUGCGUGGGUAUAGUUGCUGAUAAGGCCAAAGCAUUAAAGAAUUUGGAGAUACAGAAUCAGUGGAUGGUUAACUUAUCCUGCCAACUUCAGGGGUUUAUUAGUCUGAUAAAAGAUUUUGUCAAAGAGCUUCCACUAUUUAAAGUUGUUAUCAACAACUGCUUGAGUAUUGCUCAUGUCUUUAAUAGUAAGUCUCAGGUUAGGAAUAGUUUCCACAAAUUUCAAGCAGAGGAUAUAGGCCUUCCUGAGCUGAUUACAGCUCCUGCUAGAUGUGAUAACUCAAAGAACUUUGGUUUUGUCAGUGCAAUGUUAGAGGAUAUAUUGAGAUGUUCUCGGGUGUUACAUCUAGUUGUUUUGGGCGAAUCGUACAAGGAGAUAUGCGAGGCCGAUCCAGUAGCGAGAGAAGUUGCGGAGAUAAUUCAGGAUGUGGGUUUUUGGAAUGAACUCGAGGCUGUUCAUUCGCUAGUGAAGCUGAUUAGAGGCAUGACUGAAGAGAUUCAGACUGAGAGGCCAUUAGUUGGGCAAUGUCUUCCACUUUGGGAGGAGUUGAAAGCAAAAGUGAAGGACUGGUGUGCCAAAUUCAGGGUGGCUGAAGGUCCUGUUGAGAAGAUUAUUGAGAAGAGAUUUAAGAAAAAUUACCACCCGGCAUGGUCCGCUGCAUUUAUCCUUGAUCCACAGUACUUGACGAAGGAUUCAAAUGGAAAAUACGUUCCACCAUUCAAGUGCUUGACAUAUGAGCAGGAGAGGGAUGUGGAUAGGCUGAUAACAAGGUUGGUUUCAAGGGAAGAAGCUCAUACUGCAUUGAUGGAACUCAUGAGAUGGAGAUCAGAAGGGCUGGAACCACUAUAUGCGCAGGCGGUUCAGGUAAAACAGCGAGACCCUGUGACAGGAAAGAUGAAAAUCGCAAAUCCUCAGGCCAGUAUAUUAGUGUGGGAGACUUGUCUAAAGGAGUUCAAGUCACUGGGUAAGGUUGCAGUGAGGCUUCUCUUCCUUCAUGCAACCUCAUGUCGGUUGAAGUGCAAUUGGUCUUUAAUGAGAUGCGUUUGCGUUCAAGGGAACUCUACGGCAGGAGUAGAAAGGGCUCAGAAGAUGGUAUUUCUUGCAGCUCAUGCAAAGCUUAAAAGGCAGGAUUUUUUGAGUGAGGAAGAAAAGGAUGCAGAGUUGUUUGCAAAGGUACGUGGUGAGGAUGACAUGCUCACUGAGGUUUUUACAGAUACAUCCUCGAUGUAAUAUUUUCUUUCUUUUUCUUUUCUUUUCCUUUUAACUCCCAUAGAAUUCUGAAUUGUAGCAGUUAUUCAAAAUUUUCUUAGUAUGCCCUUGUUCAAUCAUUAUUAGAAAACUGGGGAGAGGGGGCAGUUAGUAAAGAAGGGAAAUUGAACAAUGUGUUAGCUGAAACUCUAUGGCUGCAUGAUUCAUUAGGCUGGCAUGAUUCUAUUCUGGAUUGCUUAAAGAAAAUUCAU